AUGGGUAAUUCAAUAGGUGUAGACUGCAGUUACGCAACAAAGAAUCUAAUUGGUCGAAUCUUUAUCACUGUCGGUUGCGACUCCGAUGAAGAAUGCAGAGAUACCGACGAGUUUGUGGACAGGAGCAACUUCGUAUACCGUCAUAUUGCAGGUAACACGGAGUGUAGGAGCGGUAGUCGCAAAUAUCGCUUCUUAUCGGUUCAAGCCACUCACAUUGAUGCCACAACGCAUCUGGCAUCGCAAUAUAGAAGAAAUAUAAGGAGAGUCACCUUAUGUGGCAAUGCAUCUGCAUCGCUGCUGCACACCUUGGAGUCACUUUUGCCAGAUGCUAUCAUUGCGGAACGUGAUCACGAAGCGUGUGUACACUUUGGAGAGUCGCUUUUCGUAGCAUCUCCCGGGGGGGUCGUGGUCGUUAACGGUGAGCCCCCGUCGACGACGCCAUUUGACAUAACGGCAACGAAUGGUCAUAUGCAUGCUGCAGUUCAUUCAGGAGCGUCAUACAAAAUCCAAGUGUCAAAGGACUAUAAUAAGCGGCAUGUUUGGCAUUCCGUCAUCGGGUCCUCGGCAGUGACUUAUCUCUACAACAUGUUCCUCUCCCGCUACGGUCUCGGCGAGGAUUCAGUGCGUGUUGAAAUGCCUGAGAUAGCUGAAUUGGCCGUGUACGGAUCCAGCAAAUCAUGUGACAUGUUAGUACGUAACGCUUACGGUGGUGACUGUGCUGAUAUCGGCCUUUCUGGGGACACUUUAGCAGCGUCGUUCGGCAUGCUCCACAAACAUCCAAGCCUAUGGGACUGUGCAGAGGAACAUGGGGAUGAUCGUAAGCACGUUGAAGGGAAUGGCGAUGAUACCGCGCAUAGUGCGUCGCAGAGUUCGAGUGUACGAGCGGAAGUAGCGCUCUCGGAUUGCUGUGAUAAUACCGUGACACCUGACGUAACGAACAAGCUUUUGUCACCAUUUCCGCGACAUGUUCCUAAGAAGCAAGACGUCGCUUAUAGUCUGGUCAAUAUGCUAAUUAUCAGUGUUACGCACCACGCCAUUCUGCAUGCGCAACUAAACGGAAUUAAGACAGUGGUCUUUUCCGGUAUAAUCUUCGAAAACGAUUCGCUCUGCGGAUUAGCAAAGCAAUACGUGGACCGCUGGUCCAGGGGAUCCAUGGAAAUGCUUGUGUGUCGCAAUUCGACAUUUUUGGCAUCUACAGGUGCAGUUGAGUAUUCAGAUGAGCUAGAUGGUUAA